GCCUGGAUCGCGCGUUGUCCAGAGGGGCCACAUCCACAAACCAGUGGGCAGAUUCCUGGAUGGAAGGAUUUCUCGGCCAGCUCCGCUUUGCGUAGUGUUCCGCGAUAAGACUUGUACGGCCGAUAUAUAUGAACCAUUGGCUGCUCUCUUCCUCUGGACUCCGUUCCUUUUUCUUCAUUAGAUGACUUAGAUAUCCGAAGGUCUAAUCCCGACUGUUGCUCCUCGCUCGACCAUUCUGCCUGUGAGAUCUUGCUCGACAAUUCCAUCUUAUCACCUCUGCAAACACCAUAAUUUCUGCUUCACGCCGCACUCGAACUACACCUAGACCCCAAACUACCAUCACCAUCACCAUCACAAUGGCCGAACUCACCUCCGCCCGCUACGGCAAAGAUAACAUCCGCCUCUACAAAGUCCACAAAGACCCCACCACCAACAUCCAAACCGUCGUCGAAAUGACCGUCUGCACCCAACUCGAAGGCGCCAUCGAUACCUCCUACACCGCCGCCGACAACUCCGUCAUCGUCGCCACCGACACCCAAAAGCAAUCCGUCUACAUCCUCGCCAAGCAGCACCCCAUCGCCCCCCCGGAGCUCUUCGCCGCCCUCGUCGGCCAACACUUCGUCGACAGCUACCCCCACAUCCAUGCUGCCCACGUCUCCAUCGUCCAGCACCGCUGGUCGCGCCUCCUCGUCGACGGUGAACCCCACCCGCACAGCUUCAUCCGCGACGGCGAGGAGACGCGCGAGGUGGCAGCGGUCGUACGCGACGGGCAGGGCGCCUCGGAGCUGCAAGGCGGCGGCGCGAAGGGCAUCACGCUCUCCAGCGCGAUCGACAAGCUGGUGGUGCUGAAGAGCACGGGGUCAGCAUUCCAUGGGUUCCAUCGGGACGAGUAUACGCGGCUGCCGGAGACAUGGGAUCGGAUUUUGUCGACGUCGGUGCGGGCGCGGUGGGGGUGGAAGCAUUUUGGGAGCGUGGACGCGGUGCGUGCGGAGGUGGGAGAGUUUGAUCGGGCGUGGAAGGUGGCGCGGGAGGUGACGUUGAGUACGUUCGCGACGGAUAAUAGCGCGAGCGUGCAGAAUACGAUGUAUAAGAUGUGCGAGGCGAUUUUGGGGGCGGUGGGGGGGAUUGAGAAUGUUAGCUAUACGUUGCCCAAUCGGCAUUAUUUCGAGGUGGAUUUGAGUUGGCAUAAGGGGUUGAAGAAUACGGGGGGGGAUGCGGAGGUGUAUGCGCCCCAGACGGAUCCGAAUGGGUUGAUCGACUGUACGGUGAGCCGGAAGGGGUUGAAGGCGAAGGCGAAGCUGUGAAAUGCAGAUGGAGAAGGGUUCGAUUUUUUUCCAUCUCACGGUCUACUAGGGAGCGGGUGUUAAGGAUACUAGAUUUGGACCUUCAUUUGUACAAAUACACGA